AUGGCCAAGCUAGCGGCCUGCUGGUCUCUGCUGGGCUGCGUGUCUGCGCCGGGCCGCCGUGUGCCAAGCCUCCGCUGCGACGCCGGAGAAGGAAGGCCGCGGCGGGGAUGCGAGCUGCAAUCUGCUCGAGAUUGGAUGAGUCAUGCAGAUUUUUACAGCGGCUUACCUGGAGAUCCUAUCUCUGCUCACAUCGAUGGGGAGUGCUCACCUGAAGAUCCUCUCCCCGCGGGCAUGGAUGGCCAGGUCCGAUUUGAAGCUGCGAUGUGGCUGAGACGGACCUUCUCUGGCGGCGCGUCUGGUGGCGAACGAAGGACACGAUUAUGA